AUGAGAACACCGUCCGUUGUGUGGCGAUUCUUCGAUCGUAUUGAACAAGAUGGACGAGUUGUUGCCAUUGUGUGUAAAUUAUGUGACGCUCGAUAUAAAUAUUUCGGUAAUACGACUAACUUGCGAUGUCAUUUGGUAAAUAAGCAUCCAAUUCAAUGGGAGCUGGGGCAGAAUGUAACUCUGGAGCAAGAAUUUCGUGUAGCUGCUGCUACAGAUGACGAAACGAAUCAAUCUACACCCCGACCGCGGCAAAAGAGAUAUAGGAAAUCCGAAAGUAAAGAUAACGUACGUUAUUCAAUUUCAGUAAAUAAUGAUCCCAGUAUUCUGGAAGGGAACAUGCCCAUAAUAAAAGUAGAUGUGUUAGAAUCAGAGACAGAUAUUGCACAUGAUGAUGAUACUCAAGCAACUAUAAAUCUAGUUAAACAGUUGCAUAGGGGUUCCAAUGAAGAAUGGCUUAAUGAUGAUGCUUUUGAUUCAGUCACUGAGACCUAUACAAAACCACAAAAAAAGAGAAAGAUAUAUAGAAAAAUUAAACAAGAAGUUAUUUCUCCCCCACCUACCACAUUUGAACCUAAAAAACAAAUUAUUAUACAGAAUAAUAGAAGAGAUGAGUAUCACGCUUUUGGUGAAUAUGUUAGUAAUAAAUUAAGGAAAUUCGAUAAUAAUCAGACAAGAUCUAACAUUCAACAACUAAUAACAACAAUAUUAUGGCAAGCGGAAUAUGGAGUAUAUGAUAAUAUGGACACAGUCAAAAGGAUUUUAUUACAUUCAAUGCAAGAUAUGGGGUCUCCAACUCAAGAGGGGGAGACUCUACAUAUUAGUAAUCAAGAGCUUGAGAACUUGAAUGAAAAUGUUGCUGUAGACCCAGUUACAGAGUAA